GGGGCUCUGCGUGGGUGGACCGUAUGUUUCCCUAGCUGCUCGUGGGAACAAAAUGGAGAUGGAAAAAUUAAAACUUUUAAAACUCACUGAAGACACCCCGAUGGAGGCUUCGCCUGAGGACUCUGGAAGGGUGGAAGAAACGGGAUCGGGAGCCGAACGGACCACUGUGGGCACGGGAAGCACCGAGACUGCGGAGGGGGGGGGGUGGUUUCGAGUGCUGAGCGGGCCCCUAGGGGCACGGGAGGCACCGAAGCCGCAACGGACGAACCGGCGAAGGAAGAGGAUCUUUGCAAAAAGAAACUCUCCGGAGCCGCGAAGAGGAGGAGGGCUCGGGAGCGGAAGGGGGGGGUUCGGGACCAGGCUCAGGCCGGGACUGAGACUGGGCCCUCGCCGGCUGUUCCGGGGACCUCUUCUUCCUCGUCCUCGAUUAUCCCCCAGACGCCGAUUGGGGGGCCUCCGGGGAACUCCGGCAAUAAACGCCGGAAGGACCCCGAUGGGACCCCGCAGUCGGCAGAAGGGGCGAAAAAGAAGCAGAAGGUCCAGGGGACCCAUGCUUACGUUGACGCCGCGGACCCUCUGACGAGGGUGAUUGUCGAGGAGGGGUACCCGGAUGCUGCGAUGACUGCUGAGCAGCUGUCGCAGCUGAGAGGUGCGGUCUUCAAGGAGAUCCAGGGGAUCCGAGAGGGUACCCUGCCCAGAUUUGACAGCACCACUCUGAGAGGGGGGGCUGCGGUGGUGAGGUGCGCGGAUGCGGAAUCCCUGAAAUGGCUCGAGAGCCGGAUCGGGGGCAUCGUGCCGUGGGAGGGCGCCAAGCUUGGGGUGGCGGGACUGGAGGUGCUGCAAAAGCAGUACAGGGCUGCGGUGUGGGUCCCGGGACCUCCCGUGGGCGCGGCUGCGGUCCUGGGGCUGCUGGAGCGGCAGAAUCCGGGGAUCGUUACCUCAGGCUGGCGUGUCUAUGCUGAGAAUGUGGGGGCUACCUGCGAGGGUAGAAACCUCAUUCUCGGCAUCCCCCAGUCCAGCGUCAACAAGCUUAAGGCGCUGGACUUUAAGCCCCAUCUUGGGAUGGACCGGGUCACUUUUAAAGUGACCGGUCCAUCCCAGGAGGGGGCGGGAAAGGGUAGGGAGGGGCCCGAUCCAAAGGUCUCGUCUUCGUAGUGGGCCUGACCGGGGUAGGCUUCACCCAAAUCAACUUGCACC